CAAUGAGGAUUCGUUUUAUUGAUUCGGCGCAAAAUCCAGUGUUUUGUUGAGUUCCUGGUCCAAGAAAAGCUCAAACAUUUGCGCCACUUUGAUGGAGUUUAAGAUUUGCAAACCAGCGGUUGGAAGAACUAAACGCACGUGCUCCCGUCCGGUGUCGCGAGCAAUGUUUAGAAACUGAGUGCCGUUUCUUGACCAGACGUCUUGUAGCCCCUCAGCUAACAUAGAAUACCUCAGAUUCACAACAACAAUGUCCAGUCUGCCUCAAAAUAACCUGGAGGAACAGCUGGCGAGGCACAACAACGCUGCUCACAGCAAGCUGUCUCUGGCUAAACCUAAAACGGGGGCUUUCUCAUUCAAAAAAAAAUCUUCAUCAGGUACAACUAAAGUGGAGUACCCAACAAAGGUAAACAGUCCAAACAUUUUGGCAAACAGGAAUGUGAAUGUGCAGGGGAACAGUUUGGUGACUAAAUCUUCUUUAACAUUUUCAAACAAGCUUGAAAGGACUCAGAAGUCCAAAAUCAACAACUUCUUCUCUCCAAGUACAAAUUCCAAGUCCAAUUUCAGCCUAGCAGGUAACUCCACUUCAGCAUGUCAGGCACCCCCAGCAGAUACUGGCGGUAAGGUGAUUGCUGCUCCUGCUAAACCCAACAAUCAGUCCUCCUGUGGUGGGAAAGAAAUCAGCUCCACAGGAUUAGAUUUAUCUGAUUUACCUGUUGAUGACUGGGAUGAUUUUGAAGACUUUGAAACACCUACCAAAACAAAAAAUGACUCCCUCUGCUCAGAGAAAUCAGCACGGGUCACCAAGACAGUGUCAUCCUCAGAUGAAGAAUUUCCAGAGUUCACUGGAAAACAAAGCCAUGGACAUUUAAAGUCAGAUUUAAGCAAGAAGAACAGAGAACAAUCUUGUACGGAGAAAGAAGAACCGGAACCCGGUGUUGAUAAAACAACAGUCUCAUUAGAACCUAAUUUAGUUGAUGGACCUUCAGACGAUGAAGUAGAAGAUACUCCUGUUAAAAGGACCAGAAGGCGCUGUCCUCCUCCACAUGUGACAUCUGUGUUGAGUGAUAGCGAUGAGGAGAUCAGCACCAUAUCUGAACCUUUAAAAGAUAAAACAGAUGAAAAGGCAAAAUGGAUUGAUCCCAAAGUGAUCAAGCCAAAAGACAACUCUGAACCUGAGGAAGACGUGGAUUACAUUCCUCCUUCACCUCCUCCUGAUGAGACUUUUUAUAGGCCUUCUCCAGCAGAGACAAGAAGAACUCACUCAGGCAUUGGACAGAGCAGAGACAAACCUUUCCAAUCAAACAGCCCUGCCACAACUCUGCUUGAACCUUCUAAUCACCUCUCUAGUGACAAAACAAAGGAACAACUCUUCAGCAUUAUGGAGUCCAUCUGUUCUCUGGUUGAUUCCAUCCCCGAACAUGAACUGAUCGCCUUGACCUGUGGGAAUGAACUUCUGCUAAAGAGGGCCCACAGGAAAAGGAUUCUUGCUUGUGGGGUUGAUUCUUUGCGUAUGCCGCAGCCGGACAGCACAGUGAUUUCUGACACCAGCUACAAAGAAACGUUUUCCAGUUAUAGUGCAUCUAGUUUGACGUCCCCCAGUAGUUCUCUUUCUUUGGGCACUAAGAAACCUCUGAAUUCCCAAAGAUUGUCAGUAAUCUCUGUGGACUAUGACUCUGAUUAUUUGGACAGUGCCAGGUUAAAGCCCUGGAAUAAGAGGGAAAGCAGUAUUUGCGACUCUCCAUCAGCCCAAAGUUUCACAAAACCACAUUUUAGUCUCUCAGAGAAAACAAGCUCUGAUGUUAAUGAUUCUGAUCUUUUCUUCUCUGCCAAGAAAUCGGAAGAUGAGCAACUCAAAUCCAAAACCCCAACUCUUGCAAUCACCACAGACUUUGAAGCAGAUGACUUUGAUGUUGACGAUUUUGAUAUAGAUGACUUUAAUGAUUCUGACAUCCCUGAUUACUUUGAUGAACCUCCAACUUCGUCUACGUUCAGUGAAAACCCAAACACUACAUGUGCUGCUGUGACAAAAGGAGGACCAAACAAGUCGUCAUGGGACAAGAAACCAGUGACUCCUGUUUCUGCUCCAAAACCUCAGAAGAUUUAUUCACCAGAGCCCAACUUCAAAAACCCAGCUCACGAUGUCUUCCGAGGCUUUAACUUCCCUCAUUCGCAGGAGAUGAUGAAGAUUUUUCACAAACGAUUUGGACUCCAUCAGUUCAGAUUUAAUCAGCUGGAAGCGAUUAAUGCCAGUUUGCUGGGAGAAGAUGCAUUUGUUUUGAUGCCAACAGGAGGGGGUAAAAGUUUGUGCUAUCAGCUGCCUGCCUGUCUCUCACCUGGAGUGACUGUUGUUGUUUCUCCGCUUAAGUCGCUUAUUGUUGACCAGGUCCAGAAACUCACUGCUCUAGAUAUUCCAGCAACAAGUCUGUCAGGUGAUAAAAGUGACAGUGAGGCAGGAAGGAUUUAUAUGCAGCUCUCCCGCAAAGACCCGAUCAUUAAACUGCUGUAUGUCACACCUGAAAAGGUGAGUGCAAGCAACAGGUUGAUCUCUGCUCUGCAGAACCUGUAUGAGCGAGGCCUUCUAGCCCGCAUUGUCAUCGAUGAGGCACAUUGUGUCAGUCAGUGGGGUCAUGAUUUUCGUCCAGACUACAAGAAGUUGCAUGAACUGCGUCAGAAGUUUCCCAACAUACCAAUGAUGGCCUUGACAGCUACCGCCACCCCCCGUGUGCAGAAAGACAUCCUCAACCAGCUAAACAUGAGUAAACCACAAGUAUUUACCAUGAGUUUCAACAGAACAAACCUCAAGUACGCUGUUUUGCCCAAGAAACCCAAAAAGGUGGACGAGGACUGCAUCAGCUGGAUCAAGAAGCACUACCCACGAGACUCUGGCAUUGUAUACUGCCUGUCUCGUAAUGACUGUGAUGCCCUGGCAGAGAGUCUGAAGAGAGCAGGGAUACAGGCACUGUCGUAUCAUGCUGGACUGAGCGAUGGCGACAGAGAAUAUGUGCAGAGCAAAUGGAUCAAUCAGGACGGUUGCCAGGUCAUUUGUGCCACUAUAGCCUUUGGUAUGGGUAUAGACAAACCUGAUGUGCGCUACGUGAUCCACGCCAGUCUGCCUAAAUCAAUGGAGGGUUACUACCAGGAGUCCGGAAGAGCCGGCAGAGAUGGAGAGAUCUCCCACUGCAUUCUAUUUUAUUCCUAUACUGAUGUCCACCGCAUCAAAAGGAUCAUUAGCAUGGACCGAGAAGGCGACAAACACACCAAGACGACUCAUUUCAACAACCUCCACAGCAUGGUGCACUUCUGUGAGAACGUGAUGGAGUGCAGAAGGAUUCAACUUCUUGCCUACUUUGGAGAGCUGAAGUUCAACAGAAACUUCUGUAAAGACCAUCCGGACGUCACCUGUGAUAACUGCGCCAAACCCAAUGAAUAUAAAUUGAGGAAGGUGACAGAUGAUGUGAAGAAGAUUGUGAGGUUUGUCCAGGAGAACUGUGAGAAAGUUGGAGCAAGGUUUGGAAAGACACCCCAGCAAAACCGACUGACACUAAACAUGCUCGUGGACAUAUUUAUGGGGACUAAAUCUGCCAAAAUACAAACAGGAAUGUUUGGGAUGGGAUCUGCUUACUCUCGCCACAAUGCAGACCGUCUCUUCAAGAAACUGGUUUUAGAUAACGUUCUGGUCGAGGAUCUCUACAUCACCAACAAUGGCCAAGCGGUGUCUUACAUUUCUGCUGGACCAAAAGCAAUGAACAUACUGUCUGGUCACAUGGAGGUGCAGUUCUAUGAGACAGAGAGCGCGUCUAGCAUCAGGAAGCAGAGAGCUGCUGUGAAGAGCAUCUCCAAGAGAGAGGAAAUGGUUCAGAAUUGUCUGAAGGAGCUGAUAGAUCUGUGCAAGCAACUGGGCAAAGCGUUUGGCCUUCACUAUUACAAUAUCUUCUCCACUGCCACCUUGAAGAAGAUAUCUGAGAAACUUUCUUCCGAUCCGGAGGCUCUUUUACAAAUUGAUGGAGUGACGGAGGACAAACUGGAGAAGUAUGGAGCAGAAGUCAUUAAGGUUCUUCAGAAAUACUCUGAAUGGCAGCUACCUGUGGAUGAGCAGACUGAAAGUGCUGGAAAUGGCUGGAUAGACACAAGACGCUCAGAAGAUGACGAUAUAGAGUCCUCUACCUAUUUCAGCAACCAGUCUGCUCAGGGACAAAAGAGGAAGAAAGCUCCGUUCUUCAAGUAUUCUAAGAAGAUGAAAGCAUACGGCAACCAAGGCUAUUCCUCUAAAGGUCGUGGCUAUAGCUACAAUAAAUCGUCCUCCGGCUCCAGGGGUGGCUCCCAGAGUUCGGGUCGGGGGUCUACAAGUUCUGCAGCAGGCAAAAGACUAGGAUUCCUGUCUGCCCCAACGCCUCAAAGCAACCAGCGGCCAUUUUUAAAGCCAACCUACUCUCACAUGAGCUAAGUGGGGUUUUGUUCUCAAUCUCUCGAAUGUUCAGCUAGUUUAAAGUUUUGUAACACAACUGUUUAAUGUAAGAGCUGGAGGUUGUAAUUCUGUACUGCUAGUGAAAUAUUUUCUGUGUUGUGACUGUUGUAAGUUGAUGUUUUGAAAUUUUACGAGCUCAACGACGCAAUCUUUAUCUUUUGUAAUAAACAGAUUUUCUAUAAAUAUA